AUGAAGUCCGGUUCGGUGGGCGAGGCUGGCAACAUCCUGCGAAUUACUCAAGGCAAGAAUCGAAAGCCCCCCAAGGAGGAGGUGAGCCUCCGCGACAUUGACCCCGUGCAGUUUCAGGUCAUCGUGCGCGGAAACGCCGGCCCCCUGGAGACGCUUGAUCAGAAGCUGGCCUACAUGCGACUCCAUCCUGGCGCGAUUUACCUCAACCAACAGACCUCCUACUUCGUGGAAGAUCUGGAUCUGGCCAAGCGCGUCGCGUGGGUUGUCCCCAGGGAUUCACGGAGGAUCGACUACUACACAGAGUGCCGCAAGCGGCCUAGCCUGGUGAUGAACGUUUCUACGCAAGAGGAGGGAUCCGGCGGAACGUUUCUUGCCCAGAUGGGAGGCUUGGCCUUCAUGUCCAUGUUCAUGUUUGACACUUGGAAGGAGCAGUCGCAGACGGACACGACCUGGAAAUCGAAUGAGUUCAACGAGUAUGAGCGUGAGUUCCAGAGCUACAUGCAGCAGAACCUCAGGCAGCAGAAGCCCUCCGAGGACUUCGCCUCCGAACUGCGCGACGACGGGGAGCGGCUCCAGGAGAAGCUGCGGCAGCUGGUUGACCUGUGGCGCAAGGCUCACAACGCCGUGAUCUUUACGGGCGCGGGCAUUAGCACAGCUGCCGGCCUGCCCGACUACCGCGGCCCCCAGGGUGUCUGGACCCGCAAACUGCGAGGGGAGGAGGUGAAGGACCUCGAUCUCGACCGAGGCCUGCAGCCAACCGAAGCUCAUCGUGGAAUCGCUCGGCUACUGGCAGCAGGUCGUGUGACUUUUGUUGCCUCGACCAACGUGGACGGCUUGCACAAGAAGGCUGGGCUGCCACCCGAAUGCCUGGCGGAGCUCCACGGCAACAGCUUUGAGGAAGAGUGCGCCCACUGUGGGCGCAGGUUUGAGCGGGACUUCGUGGUGCGCACCGCAACAAGCCUGUUCGACCAUGCAACUGGAAGGUGCUGCGAAGAAUGCGGCGGGCCGUUGCAAGACACGAUUGUAAACUUUGGGAACACCGUGGAGCACGUGCCUUCCAUGGAGGCGGCCUACGACCGGACAUGGGUCCAGUGCUUGAAAGCCGACCUGGUAGUCGUGCUCGGCAGCAGCCUCAGCGUCCCUACGGCCUGCGAUCUACCGGAGGAGUGCCUGCAGCCGCGGGAGGGCAAACCGGAUGGCGGCCAGCUAGUCAUCGUCAACCUCCAGCGCACGCCCAAGGAUGACCUGGCCAGCUUGCGCCUGUUCGCGUCCUGCGACGAGGUCAUGGCUUUCGUCGAACGGAACUUGAUGUCCUGA